AAUAAAGACAGGAACACAAGUAAGAAAGAAAGAAGUUCAUAAAUUGAAAAUAAAUAUUCGUACUAUACUUUAGUCAAGGGUCCCACUCCUCUGCCAUCACAUUUUCUCUCUUGAAAAUUCAACUCUGCUGAACUUCAACACAUUAUCACAAAAACAUAUUCUGUGUCCAUGGAGAAUUUGUUGGGAUUGCUCAAAAUUCAUGUUCAAAGAGGAGUCAAUCUUGCUAUCAGAGAUGUCAAAACCAGUGAUCCUUAUGUUGUCAUCAAAAUGGAUAAACAGAAGCUGAAGACUAGGGUAGUGAAGAAGAAUCUAAAUCCAGAGUGGAAUGAAGACUUGACUUUAUCAAUUUCAGAUCCUAAAACUCCAAUUCAUCUGCAUGUGUACGAUAAGGACACAUUCAGCUUGGAUGACAAAAUGGGGGACGCGGAGUUUGACAUAGGUCCGUUUGUUGAAGCAAUAAAGAUGCGGUUGGAAGGUCUUCCGAACGAAACUAUAGUUACAAAGGUGGCGCCUAGCAGACAAAAUUGCUUAGCAGAAGCAAGUCACAUUGUUUGGAAAGAUGGUAAAGUUUUUCAAAACAUGGUUCUUAGACUAAGAAAUGUUGAAUGUGGGGAAGUGGAACUUCAAUUGCACUGGGUUGAUAUUCCAGGUUCAAGGGGUAUGUAGGUUGAUAAAUACUUGUUGAAUGGUUAUAGAUAUGAGAGUUGUUGUUGCACUGUAAAACAAUAACUUCUUAUGCUUUAAUUUGUCUUCUGUUAUGAUUUUUUUUACUUUUUCACUUAAGCUACAAAUUGUUCAACUUGUUGAACAAUGAAAUAUAUAUAUUUUAUGCUGGUUUGGUUUAAUGAAAUAUAUAUAUUUUAUGCUGGUUUGGUUUAA